UUAACAGGGAGGUGUUUUUGCUUGUAUUUUCAAUCAAAAUUUUUGUUAAUUAAUGAAGAAAACUUUAAAUAUCCUUUCCCAAAUGGAAGAAUUCGAGUGGAACGUUGUGUAUGAAGGGCAAUUAUUGGACGCAAUGGUUGGACACAAGCCUGUAGGAGUAAACAAAUAUUUUCAAAUGGCUUUUAUUUGUGAUAAGUUCAUGGAUAACGUUCACAAGGACGUUGAUUCGGAGAGAAUCUGGACCCAUUUAGAAACUAUGUACAAUCUCGAAGCGUUAGACGAAUGCGAAUCUAUUCCUUUUCCGAAUAACGAAAUGGAAUUCAAACUACCAGAAUCAGAAUUCGGAAAUUUGAUAGUCAAAAAGGACGAAGAGAAGAAACAACAGGCCAAAGGUUCCGCUGAUACGCCCAAAAUCGUGAAAGAAACCAAAAAAGAUGAAAAAACGCCAAUUAAAAACAAUAAAGAAAGAAGAGACAGCAAGGAGGGAAAGGACAAUACCAAAGGAUCCGCGGCUAAGAAAGAAAUUAAAAAGGAAUCCGAGAAAAAACCGGUUGGUAAGGGUAGAAAUUCCAUAUCGAACGAUAAAGGAGGGAAGAACAAAUUUGAAGAAACUCCUAAGCCAGCCAAAAGGCCAACUAGAGGAAGCUUAAAAUCGAAUAACGAUGAUUCGGGUUCAAGUGGCAAAUCUAGUCCUAUAACUGUUACGCCUGUUACAGGUAAAAGGAGGCGUAUUUGAAUGUAUUAGUAAACUUCCACGCGAGAAUAGUUGAAGAUAAUGUUCUCUCUAGAAACUAAAUUAUAUUAUACCAAAGUGGAAAACAGGGUAUAUAAUAAAAGAAUACAUAAUCAAUCAAAAUUACCCAUGGCUAAAUUGAAUUCUUCCAACGGUUCCGGCUAGUACAAGUGUUUUAUGUUUUCCAUUAUGUACUUUUUCCUCUUUUGAUUUUAUUACUAGGAAGAAAUUUUUCGCACAUUUGCCUAUAUUAGGUGUAAAGUUACUUACAAGACUUUUAAAACAAUUGUAAAUUUUAAAACAACUUCGAGGACUGAGUUUUAGAAUAAGUAAAAUAUGUUAAUUUUUUUUAUAUUUUAGUAUAGAGUAUAAAGUCACCUUUAA